AUGGAGGAUCCACAAACUAUAGUGCUAGAUCCAACCGGUGGGUUUGUGGUCAAGACGAGGGUGGUUGAGGGUAACGAUUCACAUGCUUUUUCAACCAAGGUGUUUAUCAAUGUGUGUCAUGACUUACAGGUUCCUAAACCACCAGGGGAGUUUGUUCCAGAAGAGGUGUUUCCGUUGAUUGUGAAAAACGAAUGGGAGAUUCCGCUUAUUGUGUCGCCAGAAAGACGGGAUAAGGAUAAGAAGGGCGUGCCUUCGAUCGUCUACGACUGUUGUAUCAAUACAGAGUGCUUUCUGUGGGUACAGGUGAACAACGACCUAAGGCUUAUAUUGAUUGAAUGGUGCAUUGAGUCUGUGGAGCUCAUGUAUGGCAUUGUACUUGAUAGGACGUAUAGCGUGCCGAAGAUGCUUAGCAAGGGGGAGCUACUGAGAACGGAGGUUUCUGAAGAGGAGCUUAAGGGCGGAAUCCAGAAGAAAUUGCAAGAAAUCAAGCAGAACGAGGUUCUUGGGCUUCUAGAGGAGUUGGAACCGGAACAGAAGGAGGAGGGCGAAUUGCCGGAUUUGAUGAAUAUAGAGGGAAAGAAGAGCAGGCCGUUGAUUGAAGAGAUAGGGCUGAUUUCGUUGGACCCGAAGGAGGAAGUCAAGAGGAAACAGGAGGAGAAACCGGCACCAAAGAAAAUCGAGGUGGUUGAUUCAAAGCCAAGCAUGGAGGUGAGCGUUCUGACGAAAACACUCGAAAACGGUGAGUUUCUACUCUCGUUCCAUUCACCCCAGCUUUCGCUGGCUGUGGAAACAGAGUUAGCCAAUGGAAACUUUUCCCUUAUUAAUAAAAACCCAGAAGUUAAGCUUGGUAAGGAUGAUAGACUAGAGAUUCCCCUUCCAAAGGGCUUUUCUCCAUAUAAGGUCUUCUUCAGCACCAAGGACUCUACUUUAUACGCUUUCACCAGGAAGUGA